GUAGUCGAGCUGUUGGGUUGUGGGCCGAACGCGCUGUGGAGAAGCGGCCGGGUGGGGCCUGUGUGUGGCGGACCGCUGUCCAGGUGCGAGGAGCGGCUAAGCGAGCGCUCCCGGGAGAAGCCGGCGCGGACGCCUGAGAUAAAAGAAUGGCUAACUCCAUUGCAUCAAAGAACUUUACUGCACUUUCAGACCUGCAUCCAAAUAUGGCUAAUCUGAAAAUAAUCGGCAUAGUUAUUGGAAAAACAGAUGUCAAAGGCUUUCCAGACAGAAAAAAUAUUGGAUCAGAAAGGUACACUUUCAGUUUCACCAUUCGUGAUUCAACAACCCAUUUUGUAAAUGCAACAUCGUGGGGCAAGGAAGAUUACAUCAGAUCACUUUCUGACAGCUUUCGUGUUGGGGAGUGUGUGAUAAUUGAAAAUCCCCUGAUCCAAAGAAAGGAAUUAGAAAGAGAAGAAAAGUUCAGCCCUGCAACUCCUAGCGAUUAUAAACUAUUGCUCAGUGAGAAUCACUCAAUGGUAAAAGUUUGUUCCAGUUAUGAAGUGGAUGCCAAGCUACUUUCUUUGAUAUACUUACCUGUUAAAGAGUCUUGUGAUUAUUAUUCAUUGGGUGACAUUGUUGCAAACGGACACAGUCUUGAUGGGAGAAUUAUUAAUGUCCUUGCAGCUGUGAGGUCGGUUGGAGAGCCAAAAUACUUUACAACUUCAGACCAAAGAAAAGGCCAGAGGUGUGAAGUUAAACUCUAUGAUGAGACAGAGCCUUCUUUUGCAAUGAUAUGUUGGGAUAAUGAAUCUAUUCUACUUGCACAGAGCUGGGUGCCACGAGAAACAGUAAUAUUUGCCUCAGAUGUAAGAAUAAGUUUUGACAAAUUUCGGAACUGCAUGACAGCAACUGUAAUCUCAAAAACGAUUAUUACAACUAAUCCAGAUACACCAGAAGCUAACAUCCUAUUGAAUUUUAUAAGAGAAAAUAAAGAAACGAAUCUUCUGGAUGAUGAAAUUGACAGUUAUUUGAAAGAAUCCACAAAUUUAAAUACAAUAGUUGAUGUCUAUACAGUUGAACAAUUAAAGGUAAAAGCUUUGAAGAAUGAAGGAAAAGCUGAUCCUAUCUAUGGAAUUCUUUAUGCUUACAUUUCUACACUGAACAUUGAUGAUGAAACUACAAAAGUAGUUCGAAAUAGAUGUUCAGGCUGUGGUUACAUUGUAAAUGAAGCAUCCAGCACUUGUACAACUUGCAACAAAGAUUCUUCAGAAUUUAAAUCAGUUUUUCGCAGCUUCCAUAUGCUAAUUGAUCUUACUGAUCACACAGGUACCCUCCACUCCUGUAGUCUCACAGGAAGUGUUGCUGAGGAGACUUUGGGCUUCACGGUAAAUGAGUUUCUUGCAAUGACGGAUGAACAGAAAACAGCAUUAAAGUGGCAGUUUCUUUUGGAAAGAAGCAAAAUCUAUGUAAAGUUUUUUUUAUCUCAUAGAGCAAGGGGUGGACUGAGAGCGAGUGUGCUCUCCUGUAAGCUCGCAGAUCCUAUCGAGGCAAGUAGGAACUUGUCUGGACAAGGAAAUAUUUAAAAACCAGACGUCAUUUUAAACUCUGGAAAAGAAUACAAGUUUUAACCACCUUUAAAGUGGAAAAUGAGUUUGAAAAUUACAGAUAAAAUUGUAUUUUGUUCAAAUGUGGUGAGAAUGUUUCUGUAAAUUGUUAUUCUGUUUCCCCCUGGAGUCAGUUAAGAGUAAAUCCUAAAAUCCCCCUCUUAUUCAUUUCUUAGAAGGCCUUUUCUACUGGCUUUACCCUCUCUCUCUUCCCAAGUUGGAAAAUGUUUGCAUGAAUUAAUAAACAAGUUUAAUCUUUCCCACAGAUAUGAAUGAUUUUUCUUAAGCCCCUUUCCUCUUCGUCUUGUUUGCCUGGAGAAAGAUCAGAACCUAUAAAAACAACGUGGCCAUGGCUCAGACUACUUUGCUGGAGCUGAUGGGCGCGGACGACCGGUUCUCCCAGUGCCGGGUGGGGACGGCAGAAGUCCAUGGGUGAUGCUGUACAACUGUUUUGAUCACUGUAGAGCUUUUCUAGUCGGUUGCUUUCUCUGAUGACACAUCAGAGCUACCCAAUGCUUGUGAAGGCUUGCUGACUCAGGCUUGACAUUUGGAGUCUGAAUCAACUCGGGGAAGACCAGCUUCAGAAGUUUCACAAGCGGUGACGAGUCUUAGGAACUUGGAAGGGUGGGUGACCUGCUCUGCUUUGACAGGGCGACGGCCCCUCCACUUCAGCUGCCUUUGCAGCAGCCCCAGAGUGCUCUGCUCAGCUCCACACCAUCUCCGGUCACUGGUCACUUGCUUCAGGGCAAAGACCCACCACUGCGGUCAGUGUUGAUCCACAGUGUGGGAGGUUUGUCCAGCGUAAUUUGGGUCUGGCACUUCAAAGGCUACACUUCACCUACCACAGGAGUGAAAAAA